AAAGAUACCUCGCUAAUUGUGCUGUCUUAAUUUAGUUUUAUUAAGUACGAGUAAUUGGUGUCAAUUGUGUGGGAAAUUCAAACCUUAAACCUGCAACGGUCGACAACACAAUCCAAAAGGUUACACUCUUCUUCCUCUUCUGCUACUCACACUCUUAACCAAAUCGUUUCAAUGGCAACCAAAGAAGAUUCAUCAAUGGAUUUUCACGAAAUCAUCAUCGAAAGUGAAGGAUCAAACUCAAAUUCCGAAUGGGACGAUUCAGAAGAAGAUCCUGAUUACGACAUGCUCGAAGAAACUCAUCGUAGCUUCUCCAAUCUCUCACUCAAAAACAAGGCAAAAAAGCGCAUAGUUGAGAAUAUGGGUAUGGAUAGUGCGAUCAACUCAGAAGUGUUGGAGUUGAAUACACCUUCUGUUGAUGGUGAUAGUUUUGAAAAAGUUCAGAAAAUAAUAAAGGCUGGACUGCUAGAGAAAUUGAAAGUGGAUGAAUGCAAGAUUUAUUUGAAGAAGAAUGGUCUGAGGCUAACUGGGAAUAAGGACACACUUAUCCAGCGUAUAAAGGAGCAUCAAGAGAUUAUAAAUGGUGGAGGGGAGAAAAAGUAUCCGCCUCAUAGCUUUGUGUUGAAUUGUAAAGGUGAUGCAUGUACUGGUGAUGUUGUUUUGUUUGAGCAGAAUGUUUAUGAAAUGUUCAACAUAGCAUCCAGGAGUGGCGGCGGUCCACCGUGUGGCAAAAGGACUGUUGCAGGCCGCAUAGUGAAAGAAAGCUAUGGUGCUGCCAAACAACAGCAUACAUUUACGAUUGAAGUGCUUUGGAGCAAGGGAGAAAAGCCUCUCCCUCCCCUUCACCCCCUACUGAUUAAGGGUCGAAACCUUUAUAGGUUGAAGACUUUGAGACAGAAAUGGGAGGAUGAAGGGCAAAGGCAAAAACUGUUGAUGGAAAAGCACUCUCGGGGAUCCGUUGCUAGGGCAGAUAGGGAAGCAAGAAUACAGGAAAAGGAGAUGAGAAAAUCAAUGAAGGAAAAUAGGAUCUCAAAAAAGGAUUCAGCAAAGAACCAAUCUCAAUCACAUUCAUCCAUCGUAAGGCCACAAAUUCAACCUCAAGAAACAACAAAUGUACUCAUUAUUCCACCAUCUGCAAUUGUAAAUAAACCAGCAGCUGUAACUGAACAGCCCGUUCGGUCUAUUGACUCUCGAGCUGUCACAGUGGGAUCUGACCAGUUCCGAAAUUCAGGAAAACCGUCUUUUAAUUCAAACCAUUAUUAUGCCGACUAUAAUUACAGAGACAAACCAACUACUGUUGAGAGAUACCAUCCUUCCAUGGUUGAGACAAACAAUUUUGCUGAGAGAACUUUUUAUCCAAGGAAGCCUUUGUCAAGUGCAAAUCACUUUGUUCCGCGUUUUGCAAAUGCAAAUCACAUCCAUACAGUGAUCCCAAACCGAGAAAGCUAUCAGCAAAAACAGUUUUGUAGACAUUUUGCGCGUGGAAGAUGCCAUUUUGGAGAUAACUGCAAAUUCUUACAUGGUGGGAGAGACUAAGGGAAUGGAUGAACUGAAAAACUUUGUAGUGGCAUAAUGUCAUAGAUGUUUUGGCUUUUGAAAUUAAAAUUUUUGUCUGUUACAAAUGUUAAUCUGGUCUGUCCUUUCUCUGGAUGGAUAGAUACUUUGGUAUUAAAAUUGAAAAGUUAAUCUAUUGUUUUAUCUACUACUAUUACACUUAUUAUUGUGGUGUAUUCCUAUUGCACGGUUGAAUUAAAAGUUCUUAGUGAAUACUAAUGGGUUUAUCUAUCAUGUGCAAAUUUGUACAUGUUAAGAAAUUCAAAAUAGUAAGUUUACAUUGGAACUUAUGCGUUUUAUAUUAAAUGUAUAAUUUUUUAAUAAAUAAUUAUUGUUUUGCAAUAAAUAGUUACUAUUUUUGGUUA